UGUUAUUUACAAAGCCCAUUUCUCAUUUACUUUUUGUAUUUUGGGCUUGUUUGCAGGGAAAAGGUCUCCUUUGGAAGAUGGAACUCUGUCCGUUUUCCAGAAUGUGUUUCCAAGUCCAUCAGUGAAACAUGAUACUGCUGCUGUGUGUUGAAAUGCUUGAAGAACGCCCACAUCUCUGCCAGCGCCUUCCAUCCUGCUGAAACCAUGGUCUUCUCUGCAGUGUUGACUGCGUCCCGUACUGGGGCAACGAACACAACAUUUGUAGUCUAUGAAAACACUUACAUGAACAUUACGGUCCCUCCGCCAUUCCAACAUCACGGCGUUGGUCCAUUGCUCAGAUACAGUAUGGAAACCAUGGCUCCCACUGGGAUCAGUUCCUUGACAGUGAAUAGCACAGCUGUAACCCCAACACCAGCAGUUUUUAAGAGCCUAAACUUGCCUCUCCAGAUCAUUCUUUCUGCUAUAAUGAUAUUUAUUCUGUUUGUAUCUUUUCUUGGGAACUUGGUUGUUUGUUUGAUGGUUUACCAAAAAGCUGCCAUGCGCUCUGCAAUUAACAUUCUCCUUGCCAGCCUGGCAUUUGCAGACAUGUUGCUUGCAGUGCUGAACAUGCCCUUUGCCUUGGUAACUAUUCUUACUACAAGAUGGAUUUUUGGGAAAUUCUUCUGUAGGGUAUCUGCUAUGUUUUUCUGGUUGUUUGUGAUAGAGGGAGUAGCCAUCCUGCUCAUCAUUAGCAUUGAUAGGUUCCUUAUUAUAGUCCAGAGGCAGGAUAAACUAAAUCCAUAUAGGGCAAAGAUUCUAAUUGCUGUUUCUUGGACGGCUUCCUUUUGUAUAGCUUUUCCUUUGGCUGUAGGAAACCCUGACCUGCAGAUCCCUUCUCGAGCCCCCCAGUGUGUGUUUGGGUAUACAACCAAUCCAGGUUAUCAAGCUUAUGUGAUUUUGAUUACUCUAGUUUCUUUCUUCAUACCCUUCCUGGUGAUACUGUAUUCAUUUAUGGGCAUACUCAACACCCUUCGGCACAAUGCCUUGAGGAUCCAUAGCUACCCCGAGGGGAUAUGCCUCAGCCAGGCCAGCAAACUGGGUCUCAUGAGUCUACAGAGACCCUUCCAGAUGAGCAUUGACAUGGGCUUUAAAACACGUGCCUUCACCACCAUUUUGAUUCUCUUUGCUGUCUUCAUCAUCUGCUGGGCCCCGUUCACCACUUACAGCCUUGUGGCAACAUUCAGUGAGCACUUUUACUAUAAGCACAACUUUUUUGAGAUUAGCACCUGGCUACUCUGGCUCUGCUACCUCAAGUCUGCAUUGAACCCACUGAUUUACUACUGGAGGAUUAAGAAAUUCCAUGACGCCUGCCUGGACAUGAUGCCUAAAUCCUUCAAGUUUUUGCCGAGUCUUCCCGGUCACACAAGGAGAAGAAUCCGUCCCAGUGCUGUCUAUGUGUGUGGGGAACACCGAACAGUGGUGUGAAUAUUGGAACUGCCUAACAUUUUGGGUGAUGGUUGUUCUUUAUCGGACUUUGAGUUUUCUCUCACAUGGGUUCUCCAAGUAUAUUUCAUUGUUUUUUAUAGGGUGAGUGUGUGUGUGUGUGUGUGUGUGUGCGUGCAGUGUAAAGAAAGAAUGGUGGUUAGUUAUAAUUCUGUUACCGAGGAUACACAAUAGGGAAAUGAUCACAAAUGUUACCUCCAAGGUUCAAGAGAUAUCCUUGAUUUAGUGUGGGGAGAUGGUUUUUUUGUUUCUUUGAUUGAUUUUGUUUUUGAAGCAGGAAUCAGGAUUGUGCUUAUUGAGCCUGCAGUUACAUUGAAUUGUAGGUGUUUUGUAUGCUGCUAAGGUAUGCUUAAUUGAGUUUAUCAGGUUUUUUCUGGAAGACAUUGCUGCUUUUUGCCAUCACAUUGGAGCCAAAACCACCUAUGUCUCAGUAGAUAAAUACUUACUUUUAUUAAAAAAAAAUAACCCAAGGGGGUUAGUGACAUUUUAAAGGUCAUUAAUAUUUACUUUGGUGCACUUUAAGAAAUAAUGUACAAACUGAUUUAGUCAUGUUUUUCAGAAUUGUUUUUAUACAUGUUGUGCUUUAGGGAACAUUGCAUUAUCAUUUCUAGGAAGAUAGUUUUAAAAAAAUGUUUUAUCUGCAUGUCCAGUUUUAAAGGAGAGAACAUAAAAAUGUAGACAUUUUUCUAAGCACGAUAGUGAUUCUUUGGAGCAAAUAGGGCAAAGUCGAGGAGACAGAGCAUCCCUGCUAAUUUAAAUGGGAUUGAGUUGAGUGGGCUGGUGUUUCCUUUACUCAAGAAUUCUCACAGAGUCUAGUGGGGAGAAGGACUUCCCAUUUAUUGGACGCCUACCAUCUUCCAGGCACUGUGCAUUAUUUUUAUCCUCACAGCAUCCUGUGAGGUGGGUAGUAUUUUCUUUUUUGUGAAGAAAGCAAGUCUCAGAGAGACUAAAAUCCUGCCCAAGGUUAAUGGUAGAGCUGGACUCCAAAAUAUCUGUCUGAAUCCUGAGACUCCUGUUCUACUGUGCCACAUAGAUAUAUCAUUCUGGUUUAUUAUUUCAUAGUCAAGAAGGAACUCUGGGUAUCAUGUAAUUUUUUUAGACUAAAACCUUCCUUUUAAAAAUAGCUUCACUUUUUUUU